AUGAACGCAGUACAAUACUACGGGCAACGAGACGUCCGUCUGGAGCAGGUGCCGCUGCCCGGCCCAGUGAAGCCGGGCUGGGUCAGGAUCGCCCCCAAGUUCUGCGGCAUCUGCGGCACAGAUCUGCACGAGUACGUGAGCGGCGCAAACCUCAUCCCCACGCCGGGACACCCACAUCCCAUCACGGGGGAGACGCUUCCCCUGACCCUGGGCCACGAGUUCUCGGGCGUCGUCGAGGAGGUCGGCGAGGGCGUCACCCACGUCAAGAAGGGCGACAACGUCUGCAUCCAGCCGACCCUCUGGGACGACUCGUGCAACUCGUGCAAGAGGGGCCUCGUCAACUGCUGCGACGGCAACGGGUUCCUCGGCCUGAGCGGCUGGGGCGGCGGCAUGUCGGAGCUGACCAACGCCCCGGCCGCGGCCGUCAAGCCGCUCCCGGCCAACGUCUCCCUCGAGGUCGGCGCCCUCGUCGAGCCCCUGGCGGUGGGCUGGCACGCGGUCAAGAUAUCGCCCUUCAAGGAGGGCGACACGGCGCUCGUCCUCGGGGGCGGGCCAAUCGGGCUGGCCGUCAUCCAGGCGCUGGUCAGCAAGGGGUGCAAGAAGAUCAUCGUCUCCGAGGUGGCCAAGAAGAGGAGGGACUUCGCGACCCACUUUGGAGCGCACGCCGUCAUCGACCCCGUGACCACCGACGUCGUCGCCGAGGUCGAGAGGCUGACGGACGGGCACAGGGUCGACGUGGCGUACGACUGCGCCGGCGUGCAGGUCGCGGUGGACUCGGCCUUCAAGGCCCUCAAGACGAGGGGCAUGCUCGUCAAUGUCGCCGUGUGGAAGGGCAAGGCCUCGCUGAACAUGAACGACCUCGUCUUCAGGGAGCGCGCAUACAUGGGGGUUGCCACAUACGUCCACGGUGAUUUCGAGGAGGUCAUCGAGGCCAUCUCCACCGGCAAGAUCAAGCCCGCGGACAUGAUCACGAAGAAGGUUGCCAUGGACAAGGUUGCCGACCAGGGGUUCAAGACGCUGAUCGAGGACAAGGACAGCCACGUCAAGAUUCUUGUCGACAUGACACAGAAAGUGGCUUAA